UUGGCCUCUUUGAAGGCUAACUCUUGUUGAUCAACUGAGGAUGGAUGAUCACUAGUUUCACCCGUGUGUAGUCGUCGUUGUUGCUGUCAGUAUCACAAAACCCUCUAAAAACUCUAACCUGUUGGAGACAUAUCCUUAAUGUUGAUUCCGUUUGAAUGGCUCCAUUGCGAACUCAACAACAUUUGUAAGUCCCUCUUGAGGGCGAAGCAAUUACACGCAUUCCUUUUGAAGACCCAUCUAUCACAAGACCCCUUUUACGCUACAAAAAUUGUUAGGCUCUAUGCAGCCAACAACGACAUUAACUCUGCCCACCAUCUGUUCGACAAAACUCCCAACCGAAGUGUCUACCUUUGGAAUUCCAUGAUUCGAGCUUUCGCGCAGUCCCAAAGAUUUUUCAAUGCAAUCUCUCUGUUUAGAACCAUGCUUGGGGCUGACAUAAGUCCUGAUGGUCACACCUAUGCUUGUGUUAUACGUGCCUGUGCUGACAACUUUGAUUUCGGCAUGCUAAGACGUGUUCAUGGAGGUGCUGUGGCUGCAGGGUUAGGAAGGGACCCUGUUUGUUGCAGUGCACUUGUGGCUGCUUAUUCAAAACUAGGCCUUGUUCAUGAAGCGCGUAGAGUAUUCGAUGGGAUCGCUGAACCGGACUUAGUUUUGUGGAAUUCGUUGAUUUCUGGAUAUGGGGGCUUUGGUCUGUGGGAUGUGGGGAUGCAGAUGUUUAGCAUGAUGAGACUUUUUGGGAUGAAGCCUGAUGGAUAUACACUGGCUGGGUUGCUUGUGGGUAUUGCGGAUUCUGGAAUGCUGAGCAUUGGCCAAGGAUUGCAUUGCUUGAGCCAGAAGAGUGGGCUUGAUUCUGAUUCUCAUGUUGGUAGUCUGCUGUUGAGUAUGUACUCGAGAUGUAAGCACAUGGCUUCGGCAUAUAGAGUCUUUUGUAGUAUUUUGAAUCCCGAUUUGGUCACAUGGUCUGCUCUUAUAGUUGGGUAUUCUCAGUCUGGGGAGUAUGAGAAGGUGCUGCUUUUUUUCAGGAAAUUAAACAUGGAAAGCAAGAAGCCAGAUUCUGUUUUGAUUGCCAGUGUAUUGGCUUCUAUUGCUCAGAUGGCGAAUGUAGGACUCGGAUGUGAGGUACAUGGUUAUGCUCUUCGGCAUGGAUUGGAAUUGGAUGUCAGGGUCUCCUCUGCUCUUGUAGACAUGUAUUCAAAGUGUGGUUUCUUGCACUUGGGAAUUUGUGUUUUCAGGGUAAUGCCAGAACGGAAUAUUGUUUCUUUUAAUUCAGUAAUUUUGGGUUUUGGCUUGCAUGGAUGUGCUUCGGAGGCUUUCAGGAUGUUUGAUAAGAUGCUGGAGAAAGGAUUGGUACCUGAUGAAGCCACAUUCUCUUCUCUCCUAUGUGCCUGUUGUCAUGCUGGACUUGUCAAAGAUGGCCGGGAGAUUUUCCAGAGAAUGAAACAUGAAUUUAACAUUAGAGCUAGGCCUGAGCACUAUGUUUACAUGGUGAAGCUCCUUGGCAGUGCUGGAGAGUUGGAAGAAGCUUACAAUCUGACCCAGUCCUUACCAGAACCUGUAGACAAGGCUAUCCUAGGAGCCUUAUUAUCAUGCUGUAAUAUUUGUGGAAAUUCUGAGCUGGCAGAAACUGUAGCACAUCAGCUUUUUGAAAGUAGUCCUGCCGAUAAUGUCUAUAGGGUUAUGCUUUCUAAUAUAUAUGCCGGUGAUGGGAGGUGGGAUGAUGUGAAGAAGUUGAGGGAUAAUAUGACAGGAGGCCCGAGAAAAAUGCCCGGACUAAGCUGGAUUGAUGGCAGUUAGCCAGCUACUUCUGUCAGAUAUAGAGAGGCUUCACAGAAAGGUACCAGUAGAUCUCGUUAUUGAUCACCCAUUUCAGGUUGAUGCAGCAAGAUUGGAAAAUACUGCGCAGGCUGGCAAUAUUCGACAUGUGUUGCUCUUCAUGGGUGCAGUUGAUAUGUUUUGAGGGUAACUGGCAGUCUUUGUUUUUAACCUAUAAACAAAUGUUUUAAGCAAAUAGAAAAAGGUGCCUUUGCAUGAUUAACAAUUAGUUUGAACUUUGAAGUUUUUUUGCACACCGUAUCUUAUCUGUCUUGUGAAACAUUUUCUCUCAGGUUGGGUUUUGUUGUUUGGUCUGGUAGUGUCUAAUUACUUAUGUAAUGUGUCUUUUUGCACAUCUAAGUAGUAUCUUUCAAUUUUUUAUUGGGCCACCAAUCUAGGUGUACAGGAGAAAGAAAAAGGACAUAAUUGAGUAUACAAAACCACGCGUACCCUACUUCACCAUCAUGUUCCUAUUUACCCUAGCAAAAUGGACUGCAGACAGAAGGAGAUUAGAGAUGGUGUUGUGACUCUUGUGAGUCAUCAAAGGGAAUGUGAAUAUCAAAAACGAUGAGGGGGCACUAUGAGGAUGGGUGUGCACUUUUUAGGAAAAGGUUUGUGGUGUGGAUGAUGCCACUAGGGCAGAGGAGCUUUCUACUCUGACAUCUUUUCUUUUUCUGAAUUUCCUUUCUAUGGUAUUUUUUUUUUCAAAUCUUGUAUUAUCAGUUCUGAUUCUGUAUUUUCUAUAAUUCUCUAGUAUACAUCUAAGUUCCUACCAAGUAUCCUUUCACUAACAAAUAAACAAUUCCCCUAAAAGACUGGGAGGAAUAUGUUUCUGAAAUUGUAACUGACAUUGAAAGAACAGAGCCCAAAAAGGUUUGCUUUUGAUACAGUUUGCUCUAUGUGAUCUUUUGCGAUGAAUAAAAUGUUGUGUUGAACCUUUAAGUUGGUCAAGUUUAUGGAUUGCCCACCCAAUUGUGUAGUCAACUAAUUUCACGUUUUAGUUGCUUAUUUGGUUUUCUGAGUGACUUAUGUGGUGUGCAAUGUAUCUUUCAUCUCUUCAUCUCAUGUGUUAGGUUGUUUCAAGUUGGAGGAAAGCUGUUAGAGCGAGCUAUUGAAGAAACUGGAUGCAGAAUAAAGUAUGAAGUAUGACGUUGAGCUGCAUAUUAUGUAAGUGCCUUAUCAAUAUUAUGUUUCAUAGCAGUAGCUUGAAUUGAUGUGGUAAUGUCUUAUUUCCGCAGUGGUCCCUGAUUCUUCUUUCCCUUGAUUGAACCCAAAACAUAUAAUGCAUCUUGGACAAAAGGCAUUUUUUCACAUUGAAGGUAUUUUGACCUGAUUGAUUGUGUGUGAUAGUCAAAUUAACAAUUAUAUUGUAGAGAAAAAUGCAAAUUAGCACCUGCAAGUUUAAGUCACGUGCUUCUUAGCCCUUGACCUUUAAAAAGGUGUGUCUUGUAUUAAAACUUGGCACGCUGAUAAUGCUCGUAAAUAUUUGUCUUCUCUGUUUCA